UGGCACCAGAUGGGUGUGAAUGUCACACACAGGAGUAAAACUCUUCCUAGAGCAAAUGAUGAGAGAGCUGAAGGCAGAUGCAUGCUUGAACUCUCAUAUGGGGGCUAUGUGGGAGACCAACAGGUCUGUGAAAGAGAACUCCAGUCAGAGUAAGAAAUACAGCACACAAAUAGAGUGCCUCGGUCCUGGGAGUGCUUGCAGGCACUUCCGGAGCUUCCAUUAUCAUGAAGCAACUGAACUGCUUGAGGCUAUCAACCAACUUCAGAAAUUGUGCCCUCAGUGGCUGAGGCCAGAGAUCCACUCAAAAAAGCACAUUUUGGAAAUGCUGGUACUAGAGCAGUUCCUGACCAUUCUGCCAAGGGGGACCCAGAACUGGGUGCAGAAGCAUCAUUCACAGCUUGUCAAACAGGCUCUGGUCCUGGUGGAACGCUUGCAGAGAGAACCUGGUGGAACAAAGAAUGAGGUCACAGCCCAUGAGCUGGGAGAGGAGGCAGUGCUCUUGGGAGGAACAACAGUGGCCCCAGGCUUCAAGUGGAAGCCAGCAGAGCUCGAACCAAUGGGUCUGUUCUAGAAAGAAUACUGGAACACACACAGGGUACUACAAGAACAGCUGGGCUGGAAUACUCACAAAGAAACCCAGCCUGUAUAUGAAAGAGCUGUGCAUGUUCAACAGAUUUUAGCCCUUUCUGAGCACAAAAGCACCAAAGACUGGAAGAUGGCACCUAAGCUCAUCUGGCCUGAGUCCCAGAGUUUGUUGACAUUUGAAGAUAUGGCUGUGUACUUUUCUGAGGAAGAAUGGCAAUUAUUAGGUCCUCUUGAAAAGACUCUCUACAAUGAUGUAAUGCAGGAUAUCUAUGAGACUGCCAUCUCUCUAGGGUUAAAGCUAAAAAAUGACAAUGGAAAUGACUAUCCUAUAAUAUCUGUUUCUGCACCUGAAAUACAAACAGCAGGAUACAAAAUAUCAAAAAAGACCAGAAUGAAAAUUGCCCAGAAAACAAAGGGCAGGGAAAAUCAUGGUGAUACACACAGGGUACAGAAAUGGCAUCAAGCUUUUCCAAGGAAGAAAAGAAUUACAACUUGUAAACAAGAGCUUCCAAAACUUAUGGAUCUUCACGGGAAAGGCCACACAGGAGAGAAACCUUUUAAAUGUCAGGACUGUGGGAAAAUCUUCAGAGUUAGCUCAGAUCUUAUUAAGCACCAGAGAAUUCACACUGAAGAGAAACUCUAUAAAUGUCAACAAUGUGACAGGAGGUUUAGAUGGAGUUCAGGUCUUAAUAAGCACUUCAUGACACAUCAAGGAAUAAACCCAUAUAGAUGCUCAUGGUGUGGGAAAAGCUUUAGUUAUGACACAAAUCUACAAACACACCAAAGAAUUCACACAGGAGAGAAGCCCUUUAAAUGUCAUGAAUGUGGGAAAAUAUUCAUUCACAAAUCCCACCUUAUUAAAUACCAGAGAACUCACACAGGUGAGCAGCCUUAUACUUGUAGCAUAUGCAGGAGAAACUUUAGUAGGCAGUUGAGCCUUCUCAGACACCAGAAACUCCACAGAAGACGGGAAGCAUGUCCAAUGUCUCCAAACUGA